UGUUCGCCGACAUAGCUACAUAAACCCAUGUGAGAAGUCGCAAUUGCAGACUUGAGUUUGAUGAUCAGCCAACCUCGUUGGCUUUUCCCGGGACAGGAGAACGGGAAUCCGCACUCUACACUCUAAUCUCUAUCCCUAAUUUGUGACUUCUCUAGAAUCCAAAAAAAUGUUAGAAAACCCUUCAGAUCCCCAAUCCAAUACUCUUCCUGCUCCAAUCAAGCGUUAUGCACCUCCCAAUCAGAGAAAUCGUGGUGUCAAUCGCCGCAAAUCUGGAGAUCGAUCAGAUAGAACAAGCAAUCUCCAGCCUGAUGGGGAUAAGAAUUUGAGUUCUGGUUUGGAGAGCACUUGGAGUAUAGAUCAUUUUGACACAGGGAGCAGCAAAAGCAUAUAUGAGAGUUUUCGUCCACGAUUGAUAGCCCUAAAUGGUUGUGGUAGAAGUGAAGCUUCUCAGCUUUUGCAUGAACGUUGGAAAGAAGCUAUUCGGUGCUACAGUGAUCCCACAGUAGAUUUAUCAGAAAGACCAACCAUGUACACAGGAAAUGCUGGAACAGCAUGGGGAAACUUUAGAGUUCCGCAUCAGUUUAUACAUGGCCCGCCAAUGGAUUUCUUGGCAGAACUUCAACAUGUUAUGAACAGAAGUCGUGCAAGCUCGAUGAAAUAAAAACGGCACUUGAAGAUGCUACUAUCUAUCUAUAACGUAAUAUCCGGUUGUGUAACUCAACUUAAUAGGUAUUUUGGACGAGCGUACUAAUAUAUGUCAAAAGUCUUUUUUAGAUUGGCUAUUCGGAGGUGACAUUCCGUUAUACUUACUACUUUAUGGUGUUUUCCCUAUUUUCAUCGUCUUAAGAUGAGGUUGAGGCAAACGGGUUGUUCAA